GCAAGAAAAUCAUGAAAUCAGAUUAUCAGAAAUGUCAAUAAUGUGUGUUUGGUUGUUCUUGAUUUGAUCGUGAGAUUCUGUAAUAAUUGUAGAAAUCGUGUCGUUUUUAAAGAUUAAAUUGUUCGCAUAUUGUAAAAGUGUAUAAAAAUUCAAGGGUUUUGUAAAGUCGUAUCGAGUAAAAUAAUGCUUAUAUCCCCGGGACCGUGUUAGGAGCAUGUACGAUAGUACAUGCGGCGCCGCCGCCAGCGGACAGUGCGGCAAAGCACAGCCUGAUGGCGACGGACCGCCGCCUCGGGAGCCCCCGCCGGCACCUCUAGAGAGAGACUACAGUGGCUUUGAUAUAGUCAAGGCCACUCAGUAUGGUGCGUUCGGACGCGUCAAAGAACUGGUCGAGGCAGGAUGGGACGUUAACCAGCCAGACCACGAGACGGUCACGCUGCUGCACUGGGCUGCAAUUAAUAACAGGCGUGAGAUCAUCCAGUACUUGCUGUCGAAGGGUGCAGCAGUAGAUGCCGUGGGUGGAGAACUGCAAUCGACUCCGCUGCACUGGGCUACGCGCCAGGGUCACCUGGAGGCGACAGUACUGCUGGUGCGAGCGGGCGCGGACCCCACGCUGCGCGACGCGGAGGGUUGCGCCUGCUUGCAUUUGGCGGCGCAGUUCGGCCACACGGCGGUGGUGGCGUACUUGGUGGCUCGCGGCGUGCCGCCCGACGCGCCGGACGCGGCGGGCAUGACGCCGCUCAUGUGGGCGUGCUGGAAGGUCUCCGCCGUGGACCCGGCGCGCUUACUGCUGACGUUGGGCGCCUCGCCGCGCCCAGCUGAUCGCUCGCACGGCAAUACAGCCCUACAUUGGGCUAUCCUUGCGAGGAACACAACUGCCAUAUCUACUCUCAUUCUUUAUGGUGAUGCCAGCCUAGACGUGCCCAAUCUGCGCGGAGUGACUCCUUUGGCGAUGCUGCAGGCCAAUGCUGACUCCCUGUGGGUGGGUUCCAAGGUGUCGGACAAAAUAAAAGAACAUUCACUAGCUGCGAACAAACACAAUCUACUGAGAAGACUAACGUACGACAAGGUGUGGUUCUACAUCACGUGGGCGGUGUUCAUCGCGGGCGUGGUGGGCGCGGGCGCCACGCUGCUGUUCGCGCUGAGCUCGUGCGCGCUGUGGUACUCGUUCCUGCGCUCGUGGCGCUCCGACCCCGGCGUGAUCCGCGCGUCGCGCGCCGACAAGCUGCGCACCAUCAUCGAGCUGUCGGAGUCGGCGCGCGGCGGCUUCGAACCCGCGCGCUUCUGCUCCGCCUGCCUGGUGCGCCGCCCGCUGCGCUCCAAGCACUGCUCCGUCUGCAACCGCUGCGUCGCCAAGUUCGACCACCACUGUCCCUGGGUGGGCAACUGCAUCGGGGCCAACAACCAUCGCUAUUUCAUCGGGUUCCUGGUGAGUCUGCUGGUCAUGUGCGUCUGGAUGAUCUGGGGCGCCGCGCAGUACUUCAGCGCCGAGUGCCCCGUGGCCGACCCCACGGCGCCGGGCGUGGUGAUGCAAUGGGCGCGCUGCAACCCCUGGCUGGCCUGGGUGCUGCUGAACGCGUGCUUCCACCUGUUCUGGGUGACGGUGCUGACGGGCUGCCAGCUGUACCUGCUGGUGUGCCUGGGCAUGACCACCAACGAGCAGCUCAACCGCGGCCGCUACCGGCACUUCGUGGCGCGCGGCGGCCGCUCGCCCUUCACGCGCGGCCCGCUGCGGAACUGCGCCGAGCUGUUCGGCUGCGGCGCCUGCGGCCUGCUGGCGGCGCGGCCGCGCGACUGGUCGGCGGCGGGGCUGGCCGACCUGCGCGACCCGCGCGACGACGCCGACGCCGACGCCGACCUGGCCGAGCCGCCCGAGGACGAGCGUCUGCUGCGCGCGCAGCACUACGUGUAACUCGCGCCCUCUGCCCCGACGAUCGCAUCCUUGUGAUAACAUUUUAUAAUUAUAUCGUUUUUACUAAUAACUUAAUGUACGAUUGUAUUCGUUUGGAAGCCUCACUACUGUGCGUUCGAUCAAUGCGAUGUGUCGUGUUCUCUGUGAUACAAACACGAACCAAUAUACUUAAGUUAGAGUAAAUAUUGUUUAUAAGAACCGAAGCUUCCUUCUUGUAUGUCGUCCACUCGCCCGCGGUAGCUGAGCGUGACGCGCAAAUAAUGUAUGGCGGCAGUCAGUGGCUACAGCACUGCGGGCUUAUUUCACUUUUACAGAAUACAUUUUCGGCCACAGCUCCUACAGCGCGCUAAACUAGUAAUUGAUCCAAAAGUGCUCCUUGUGCUUCCAAAACAAACAUCGAAGGUGUGCGUGGUCGAGUGUCUCGCCUUCAAACGAAGACUGUUAUGAACUGACGAACGAUCAAGCAAGACACAACAAGGCACCUGCAGUCAGCGAUUGAGCCCAGCGUGUACUAAUUACUGCAAUUAAUCUAAUUAGCUUGUAAACUGUGCGACACGUACUCAGUGUGCGCAGUGCUUCGGAUGCGGCCGGCCGACAUUAGCAAGCGCGUUUGUAAUUAAUGUGGUUUAGUAUUCGUACUCGCCAGUACUCGCGAGAUGUCGCUACCAGUGCAGGCGUACUGCUUGACUGCUGACAUUCCUCGCGUUCCUUCUAUUGCAAUAAAGCAACAACUAGCAGCUGCGAACUGUUGGCUGGGCUCUGUUGGCCGGGCUCUGCUGGCCGGUCUCUGCUGGCCGGGCUCUGUUGGCCGGGCUCUGCCGGCCGGGCU